CCACACGCCCCGCGGCCUGGUCUGCCGUCCUCGCCUCCACGCCGCCCGCCCACUCCCGGCAACCAUGGUGGCCGGCAUGCUCAUGCCGCUGGACCAGCUACGGGCCAUCUACGAGGUGCUGUUCCGUGAGGGGGUGAUGGUGGCCAAGAAGGACUGGAGGCCACACAGCCUGCACCCCCAUGUGCCCGGCGCUACCAACCUGCAGGUCACGCGGGCCAUGGGCUCCCUGCGGGCGCGCGGCCUGGUGCGGGAGACCUGCGCCUGGCGCCACCUGUACUGGUACCUGACUGACGAGGGUAUUGCCCACCUGCGCCAGUACCUGCACCUGCCGCCGGAGAUUGUGCCCGCCUCCCUGCAGCGCGUGCGUCGCCCCGUGGCCAUGGUGACACCUGCGCGCCGCCGUGGGCCCCGGGUGCAGGCUGUGCAGGGGCCCCUGGCGUGCCCGCCCAAGCGGGGGCUGGCCGAAGACCCCGCUGGCGACGAACGCAGGGUCUACCGCCGGAAGGACCCUGAGGAGGGGGUGCCCGAGACCCCUGUGGUGCCUGCUGCUGCUCAGGGGACCCUGGCCAGGCCAGGCCCGGAGCCGGCCCCAGUCACAGAUGAGAGGGACCGGGUCCAGAAGAAGACCUUCACCAAGUGGGUCAACAAGCACCUCAUCAAGCACUGGAAGGUGGAGGCCCAGAGGCACAUCACUGACCUGUACGAGGACCUCCGUGAUGGCCACAACCUCAUCUCCCUGCUGGAGGUGCUGUCCGGAGACAGCCUGCCAAGGGAGCGGGCCGGAAUGAGGAGUUUGCGCCUGCCUCGGGAGAAGGGGAGGAUGCGCUUCCACAAGCUGCAAAACGUCCAGAUUGCCCUGGACUACCUCCGACACCGCCAGGUAAAGCUGGUGAACAUUCGCAAUGACGACAUCGCCGACGGCAACCCCAAGCUAACGCUCGGCCUCAUCUGGACCAUCAUCCUGCACUUCCAGAUCUCAGACAUCCAGGUGAGUGGGCAGUCGGAGGACAUGUCGGCCAAGGAGAAGCUGCUGCUGUGGUCACAGCGCAUGGUGGAGGGCUACCAGGGCCUGCGCUGCGACAACUUCACCUCGAGCUGGCGUGACGGCCGGCUCUUCAAUGCCAUCAUUCACCGGCACAGGCCCAUGCUCAUCGACAUGAACAAGGUCUUCCAGCAGUCCAACCUAGAGAACCUGGACCAGGCCUUCUCUGUGGCCGAGCGGGACCUGGGGGUGACUCGGCUUCUGGACCCCGAGGAUGUGGACGUUGCACAGCCCGAUGAGAAGUCCAUCAUCACUUACGUCUCGUCCCUGUAUGACGCCAUGCCCCGUGUGCCCGACGUGCAGGACGGGGUGAAGGCCAACGAGCUACAGCUGCGCUGGCAGGAGUACCGGGAGCUGGUGUUGCUGCUGCUGCAGUGGGUCCGGCACCACACGGCCGCCUUCGAGGAGCGCAAGUUCCCCUCCAGCUUCGAGGAGAUCGAGAUCCUGUGGUGCCAAUUCCUGAAGUUCAAGGAGAAGGAACUUCCUGCCAAGGAGGCAGACAAGAACCGGUCCAAGGCCAUCUACCAGUCCCUGGAGGGUGCGAUACAAGCAGGCCAGCUCAAGGUGCCGCCCGGCUACCACCCGCUGGACGUGGAGAAGGAGUGGGGCAGGCUGCACGUGGCCAUCCUGGAGCGGGAGAAGCAGCUCCGCAGCGAGUUUGAGAGGCUGGAGCGGCUUCAGCGCGUCGUGAGCAAGCUGCAGAUGGAGGCGGGUCUGUGCGAGGAGCAGCUGAACCAGGCCGACGCCCUGCUGCAGUCGGACGUACGGCUGCUGGCCUCGGGCAAGGCGCCACAGCGGGCGGGGGAGGUGGAGCGGGACCUGGACAAGGCGGACACCAUGAUCCGAGUGCUCUUCAAUGACGUGCAGACACUCAAGGACGGGCGGCACCCUCAGGGCGAGCAGAUGUACCGCAGGGUGUAUCGCCUGCAUGAACGCCUGGUGGCAAUCCGCACCGAGUUUACCCUGCGGCUAAAGGCUGGCGUGGCCACCCCCGUGACCCAGGCGGCCCCGCUGGGCACGCAGAGGCGUCCCGAGCUGGAGGACUCCACCCUGCGCUACCUGCAGGACCUGCUGGCCUGGGUGCAGGAGAACCAGCGGCGGCUGGAUGGCGCCGAGUGGGGGGUGGACCUGCCCAGCGUGGAGGCUCAGCUGGGCAGCCACCGAGGUCUGCACCAGUCCAUCGAGGAAUUCCGGUCCAAGAUCGAGAGGGCGCGGAGCGAUGAGGGCCAGCUGUCGCCGGCUGCCCGGGGCGCCUACCGGGACUGCCUGGGCCGGCUGGACUUGCAGUACGCCAAGCUGCUGAACUCCUCCAAGGCCCGCCUGCGUUCGCUGGAGAGCCUGCAUGGCUUUGUGGCGGCCACCACCAAGGAGCUCCUGUGGCUGAGCGAGAAGGAGGAGGAAGAGGUGGGCUUCGACUGGAGUGAGCGGAACACCAACAUGGCGGCCAAGAAGGAGGGCUACUCGGCCCUGAUGCGAGAGCUGGAGCUGAAGGAGAAAAAAGUCAAGGAGAUCCAGAACAUGGGGGAUCGGCUGCUGCGGGAGGAGCACCCUGCCAGGCCCACGGUGGAGUCCUUCCAGGCGGCUCUGCAGACGCAGUGGAGUUGGACACUUCAGCUGUGCUGCUGUGUGGAGGCCCACCUGAAGGAGAACACCGCCUACUUCCAGUUCUUCUCGGACGUGCGGGCCGCCGAGGAGCAGCUGCAGAAGCUGCAGGACACAAUGCGCAGGAAGUACAGCUGCGACCGCUCCAUCACCGUCACACGGCUGGAGGACCUGCUGCAGGACGCCCAGGACGAGAAGGAGCAGCUGAGCGAGUACAAGGGGCACCUCGCAGGCCUGGCGAAGCGGGCCAAGGCCAUCGUGCAGCUGAGACCCCGCGACCCGGCACACGCCGCGCGGGGCCCGGUGCCCCUGCUGGCUGUGUGCGACUACAAGCAGGCGGAGGUGACCGUGCACAAGGGAGACACAUGCCAGCUGCUGGGGCCUGCGCAGCCGUCCCACUGGGAGAUCCAGAGCGGCACGGGCAGCAAGGCCUCCAUGCCGGCCGUGUGCUUCCUCGUGCCGCCGCCCAACCCGGAGGCCCUGGAGGCUGUGGCCAGGCUCGAGGCCCAGCACCAGGCCCUGGUCACACUGUGGCACCAGCUGCACGUGGACAUGAAGAGCCUCCUGGCCUGGCAGAGCUUCAGCCGGGAUGUGCAGCUGAUCCGCUCCUGGUCGCUGGUCACGUUCCGCACGCUGAAGCCGGAGGAGCAGCGCCAAGCCCUGCGCAGCCUGGAGCUGCACUACCAGGCCUUCCUGCGGGACAGCCAGGGUGCUGGGGGCUUCGGGCCUGAGGACCGGCUGGCGGCCGAGCGUGACUACAACUCCUGCAGCCACCACUACCAGGAGCUGCUGCAGAGUGCCGAGCAGGGGGAGCAGGAGGAGUCCCGCUGUCAGCGCUGUAUCUCAGAGCUCAAGGACGUGCGGCUGCAGCUGGAGGCCUGCGAGGCCCGCACCGUGCAUCGUCUGCGCUUGCCGCUGGACAAGGAACCGGCACGGGAGUGUGCCCAGCGCAUCGCCGAACAGCAGAAGGCACAGGCUGAGCUGGACGGGCUGGGCAAGGGCGUCAGCCGGCUCUCUGCUGAAGCGGAGGAGAUCCUGGCGCUGCCUGAGCCCUCACCGGCAGCCCCGACCCUGCGCUCGGAGCUGGAGCUGACGCUGGGCAAGCUGGAGCAGGUCCGCAGCCUGUCAGCCAUCUACCUAGAGAAGCUCAAGACCAUCAGCCUGGUGAUCCGCAGUACCCAGGGUGCAGAGGAGGUGCUCCGGGCCCACGAGGGGCAGCUGAAGGAGGCGCAGGCCGUGCCAGCCACCCUCCCAGAGCUUGAGGCCACCAAGGCCUCGCUGAAGAAGCUGCGGGCCCAGGCAGAGGCGCAGCAGCCAAUGUUUGACGCCCUGCGGGACGAGCUGCGGGGUGCACAGGAGGUGGGCGAGCGGCUGCAGCAGCGGCACGGGGAGCGAGACGUGGAGGUGGAGCGCUGGCGUGAGCGGGUGUCCCAGCUGCUGGAGCGCUGGCAGGCCGUGCUGGCCCAGACGGACCUGCGGCAGCGGGAGCUGGAACAGCUGGGCCGCCAGCUGCGCUACUACCGUGAAAGCGCCGACCCGCUGGCGGCCUGGCUGCAGGACGCCCGGCGGCGGCAGGAGCAGGCCCAGGCCGGGACGUUCGCCAGCAGCCGCGAUGUGCGGGAACAGCUGCGGCAGGAGAAGGCCCUGCUGGAAGAGAUCGAGCGCCACGGCGAGAAGGUGGAGGAGUGCCAGAGGUUUGCCAAGCAAUACAUCAAUGCCAUCAAGGACUACGAGCUCCAGCUCGUCACUUACAAGGCCCAGCUGGAGCCGGUGGUGUCUCCUGCCAAGAAGCCCAAGGUCCAGUCUGGGGCGGAGAGCGUGAUCCAGGAGUAUGUGGACCUGCGCACGCGCUACAGCGAGCUGACCACGCUCACCAGCCAGUACAUCAAGUUCCUCACUGAGACCCUGCGGCGCAUGGAAGAGGAGGAGAGGCUGGCGGAGCAGCAGCGCGCGGAGGAGCGGGAGCGGCUGGCGGAGGUGGAGGCUGCGCUGGAGAAGCAGCGGCAGCUGGCCGAGGCGCACGCCCAGGCCAAGGCGCAGGCCGAGCAGGAGGCGCAGGAGCUGCAGCGACGCAUGCAAGAAGAGGUGGCGCGGCGGCAGGAGGCGGCCGUGGACGCGCAGCAACAGAAGCGCAGCAUCCAGGAGGAGCUGCAGCAGCUGCGGCAGAGCUCGGAGGCCGAGAUCCAGGCCAAGGCCCAGCAGGCGGAAGCGGCCGAGCGCAGCCGCGUGCGCAUCGAGGAGGAGAUCCGCGUGGUGCGCCUGCAGCUGGAGACCACGGAGCGCCAGCGCAGCGGGGCUGAGGGGGAACUGCAGGCGCUGCGUGCCCGUGCCGAGGAGGCCGAGGCGCAGAGGCGGCAGGCGCAGGAGGAGGCGGAGCGCCUGCGCCGGCAGGUGCAGGAGGAGAGCCAGCGCAAGCGAAAGGCGGAGGCGGAGUUGGCGCUGCGUGUGCAGGCCGAGGCCGAGGCCGCUCGGGAGAAGCAGCGGGCUCUGCAGGCGCUGGAGGAGGUGCGGCUGCAGGCGGAGGAGGCUGAGAGGCAGCUGCGGCAGGCGGAGGCCGAGCGAGCCCGGCAAGUGCAGGUGGCCCUGGAGUCGGCCCAGCGCAGCGCCGAGGCGGAGCUGCAGAGCAAGCGUGCGUCCUUCGCCGAGAAGACGGCCCAGCUGGAGCGCACGCUGCAGGAGGAGCACGUGGCUGUGGCGCAGCUGCGGGAGGAGGCCGAGCGGCGGGCGCAGCAGCAGGCCGAGGCCGAGCGAGCCCGCGAGGAGGCCGAGCGCGAGCUGGAGCGCUGGCGCCUGAAGGCCAACGAGGCGCUGCGCCUGCGGCUGCAAGCAGAGGAGGUGGCACAGCACAAGAGCCUGGCGCAGGCUGAGGCCGAGAAGCAGAAGGAGGAGGCGGAGCGCGAGGCGCGGCGGCGCGGCAAGGCCGAGGAGCAGGCCGUGCGGCAGCGGGAACUGGCCGAGCAGGAGCUGGAGAAGCAGCGGCAGCUGGCCGAGGGCACGGCCCAGCAGCGCCUGGCCGCCGAGCAGGAGCUGAUCCGGCUGCGGGCCGAGACCGAGCAGGGCGAGCAGCAGCGGCAGGUGCUGGAGGAAGAGCUAGCCCGGCUGCAGCGGGAAGCGGCCGCCGCCGCCCACAAGCGCCAGGAGCUGGAGGCCGAGCUGGCCAAGGUGCGGGCCGAGAUGGAGGUGCUGCUGGCCAGCAAGGCGCGGGCCGAGGAGGAGUCGCGCUCCAGCAGCGAGCGGUCCAAGCAGCGGCUGGAGGCCGAGGCCGGGCGCUUCCGCGAGCUGGCCGAGGAGGCAGCGCGCCUGCGGGCCCUGGCCGAGGAGGCCAAGCGGCAGCGGCAGCUGGCCGAGGAGGACGCGGCGCGGCAGCGGGCCGAGGCCGAGCGCGUGCUGGCCGAGAAGCUGGCGGCCAUCGGCGAGGCCACGCGGCUCAAGACGGAGGCGGAGAUCGCCCUGAAGGAGAAGGAGGCGGAGAACGAGCGGCUGCGCCGGCUGGCCGAGGACGAAGCCUUCCAGCGGCGGCGGCUGGAGGAGCAAGCGGCGCAGCACAAGGCGGACAUCGAGGAGCGCCUGGCGCAGCUGCGCAAGGCCUCGGAGAGCGAGCUGGAGCGGCAGAAGGGGCUGGUGGAGGACACGCUGCGCCAGCGGCGGCAGGUGGAGGAGGAGAUCCUGGCGCUGAAGGCGAGCUUCGAGAAGGCGGCCGCUGGCAAGGCGGAGCUGGAGCUGGAGCUGGGGCGCCUGCGGGGCGAUGCCGAGGACACCCAGCGCAGCCGGGAGCAGGCGGAGCGCGAGGCCGCCCGGCAGCGGCAGCUGGCGGCAGAGGAGGAGCAGCGGCGCCGCGAGGCCGAGGAGCGGGUGCAGAGGAGCCUGGCGGCCGAGGAGGAGGCUGGCCGGCAGCGCAAGGCCGCGCUGGAAGAGGUGGAGCGGCUCAAGGCCAAGGUGGAGGAGGCCUGGCGGCUGAGGGAACGCGCCGAGCAGGAGUCGGCGCGGCAGCUGCAGCUGGCCCAGGAGGCCGCCCAGAAGCGCCUGCAGGCCGAGGAGAAGGCGCACGCCUUCGCGGUGCAGCAACGGGAGCAGGAGCUGCAGCAGACGCGGCAGCAGGAGCAGAGCGUGCUGGAGCGGCUGCGGGCAGAGGCAGAGGCCGCCCGGCGAGCGGCGGAGGAGGCGGAGGCGGCGCGCGAGCAGGCGGAGCGCGAGGCCGCCCGCUCUCGGCAGCAGGUGGAGGAGGCAGAGCGUCUGAAGCAGACGGCGGAGGAGCAGGCGCGCGCCCAGGCCGAGGCGCAGGCCGCGGCCGAGCAGCUGCGCAAGGACGCGGAGCAGGAGGCGGCGCGGCGCGCUAAGGCCGAGCAGGCGGCCCUGCGGCAAAAGCAGGCGGCCGACGCCGAGAUGGAGAGGCACAAGCGCUUCGCGGAGCAGACGCUGAGGCAGAAGGCGCAGGUGGAGCAGGAGCUGACGGCGCUGCGGCUGCAGCUGGAGGAGACGGACCACCAGAGGGGCAUCCUGGACGAGGAGCUGCAGCGGCUGAAGGCCGAGGUGGCGGAGGCCGCCCGCCAGCGCAGCCAGGUGGAGGAGGAGCUGUUCUCGGUGCGCGUGCAGAUGGAGGAGCUGGGCAAGCUCAAGGCCCGCAUCGAGGCCGAGAACAGGGCGCUGGUGCUGCGUGACAAAGACAACACGCAGAGGCUCCUGGAGGAGGAGGCCGAGAAGAUGCGGCAGGUCGCCGAGGAGGCGGCGCGGCUGAGCGUGGCGGCGCAGGAGGCGGCACGCCUGCGGCAGCUGGCCGAGGAGGACCUGGCGCAGCAGCGGGCACUGGCCGAGAAGGCCCUCAAGGAGAAGAUCCAGGCGGUGCAGGAGGCCACGCGGCUGAAGGCCGAGGCCGAGCUGCUGCAGCGGCAGAAGGACCUGGCACAGGAGCAGGCCCGGCGGCUGCAGGAAGACAAGGAGCAGAUGGCGCAGCAGCUGGCGCAGGAGACCCAGGGCUUCCAGCGCACGCUGGAGGCCGAGCGGCAGCGGCAGCUGGAGAUGAGCGCCGAGGCCGAGCGCCUCAAGCUGCGCGUGGCCGAGAUGAGCCAGGCUCAGGCCCGCGCCGAGGAGGACGCCCAGCGCUUCCGCAAGCAGGCUGAGGACAUCGGGGCGAAGCUGCACCGCAGCGAGCUCGCGUCGCAGGAGAAGGUCACGCUGGUGCAGACGCUGGAGCUGCAGCGGCAGCAGAGCGACCGUGACGCCGAGCGCCUGCGCGAGGCCAUCGCCGAGCUGGAGCGCGAGAAGGACAGGCUCAAGCAGGAGGCCCAGCUGCUGCAGCUCAAGUCGCAGGAGAUGCAGACGGCACAGCAGGAGCAGAGGCUGCAGGAGGCACAGGCAUUGCAGCAGAGCUUCCUGUCGGAGAAGGACAGCCUGCUGCAGCGGGAGCGCCUGGUGGAGGAGGAGAAGGCCAAGCUCGAGAAGCUGUUCCAAGACGAGGUGGCCAAGGCGCAGCAGCUGCGCGAGGAGCAGCAGCGGGAGCAGCAGCGCAUGGAGGAGGAGCGGCGGCAGCUGGUGGCCAGCAUGGAGGAGGCCCGGCGGCAGCAGCGCGAGGCAGAAGAGGGCGUGCGGCGCAAGCAGGAGGAGCUGCAGCGCCUGGAGCAGCAGCGGCAGCAGCAGGAGCAGCUGUUGGCUGAGGAGAACAAACGGCUGCGCGAGCGGCUGCAGCGCCUGGAGGAGGAGCACCGGGCCGCCCUGGCACACUCAGAGGAGGUCGCGGCCUCCCAGGCGGCCAGCGCCACCAAAGCCUUGCCCAACGGCCGGGAUGCGCCCGACGGACCGUCCGUGGACACGGAGCCCGAGCACGCCUUCCAGGGCCUGCGGCGCCCCGUGCCGGCCCAGCAGCUGCGGGAGGCUGGCAUCCUGAGCGCGGAGGAGCUGCAGCGGCUGGAUCAGGGCCGCACCACGGUGGCCGAGCUGGCGCAGAGGGAGGACCUGAGCCGCUACCUGCAGGGCUGCGGAGGCGUGGCCGGGCUGCUGCUGCAGUCGAGCGGAGAGAAGCUGAGCGUGUACGCUGCCCUGCAGCGGCAGCUGCUGAGCCCCGGCACGGCCCUCAUCCUGCUGGAGGCGCAGGCGGCCACGGGCUUCGUCAUCGACCCCGUGCAGAACCGGCGGCUGACCGUCAACGAGGCCGUGAAGGAGGGCGUGGUGGGCCCCGAGCUGCACCACAAGCUGCUGUCGGCCGAGCGCGCCGUCACCGGCUACACCGACCCCUACUCGGGCGAGCGCAUCUCGCUCUUCCAGGCCAUGCAGAAGGACCUCAUCGUGCGCGACCACGGCAUCCGCCUGCUGGAGGCGCAGAUCGCCACGGGCGGCGUCAUCGACCCGGUGCACAGCCACCGCGUGCCCGUGGCCGUGGCCUACGAGCGCGGCUACUUCGACGAGGACAUGAACCGCGUGCUGGCCGACCCGAGCGACGACACCAAGGGCUUCUUCGACCCCAACACGCACGAGAACCUCACCUACGUGCAGCUGCUGGAGCGCUGUGUGCGCGACCCCGACACCGGGCUGCGCCUGCUCCCGCUCACGGAUGCUGCCGCUAAGGGUGGCGAGCUGGUGUACACGGACUCGGAGGCCCGGGAUGUCCUGGAGAAGGCCACUGUGUCCGCACCGCCCGGCAGCUUCCAGGGCAGGACGGUGACCAUCUGGGAGCUCCUCAACUCGGAGUGCUUCACGGCGGAGCAGCGGCGCGACCUGCUGCGGCAGUUCCGCACGGGCAAGGUCACGGUGGAGAAGGUCAUCAGGAUUGUGGUCACCAUCGUGGAGGAGCACGAGCAGCGGCAGCGGCUGUGCUUCGAGGGGCUGCGUGCCCUGGUGCCGGCCGCCGAGCUGCUGGAGGCCGGCGUCAUCGACCGCGACACCUACCGCCAGCUGCAGCAGGGCGAGCGCUCCGUGCGGGAGGUGGCCGAGGCCGACGCCGUGCGGCGGGCCCUGCGGGGCUCCGGCGUCAUCGCCGGCGUGUGGCUGGAGGGGGCAGCGCGCAAGGUGAGCCUCUACGAAGCCCUCAAGAAGGACAUGCUGCCGGCGGACACAGCCCUAGCCCUGCUCGAGGCCCAAGCCGGCACCGGGCACGUGCUGGACCCGGCCACCAGCGCGCGGCUGACGGUGGACGAGGCUGUGCGUGCCGGCCUGGUGGGGCCCGAGCUGCAUGAGAGGCUGCUGUCGGCCGAGAAGGCCGUCACGGGCUACAGGGACCCCUACUCUGGGCAGAGCGUCUCGCUCUUCCAGGCCCUGAAAAAGGGGCUGGUGCCGCGGGAGCAGGGCCUGCGCCUGCUGGACGCCCAGCUCGCCACGGGCGGCGUGGUGGACCCCAGCAGGAGCUACCGCGUGCCGGCUGAUGUCGCCUGCGCCCGGGGGUGCCUAGACGAGGAGACCAGCAGGACGCUGGCGGCGCCCACGGACACCGUCAAGGCCUACCUGGACCCCGGCACGGGGAAGCUGGUCACCUACCAGCAGCUGCAGCAGCGGUGCCGGCCCGACCCGCUGACCGGCCUGAGCCUGCUGCCGCUGUCCGAGGAGGCCGCCCGGGCCCGGCAGGAGGAGGUCUACUCUGAGGCCCAGGUCCGCGAAACCUUCGAGAAGGCGGCCGUGGAGGUGCCCACGGGCAGCUUCCAGGGCCGGCCGGCCACCGUCUGGGAGCUCCUGAGCUCCGAGUACUUCACCGAGGAGCAGCGGCAGGAGCUGCUGCGGCAGUUCCGCACGGGCAAGGUCACGGUGGAGAAGGUCAUCAAGAUCGUCAUCACCAUCGUGGAGGAGGUGGAGACGCGGCGGCGCGAGCGGCUGGCCUUCAGUGGCCUGCGCGCCCCGGUGCCGGCCGGCCAGCUGCUGGCCGCCGGCGUCCUCAGCAGGGCCCAGUUCGAGCAGCUGCGGGAAGGCAGGACGACGGUCAAGGAGCUCUCGGAGGUGGACUCGGUGCGCGCGCUGCUGCAGGGCAGCGGCUGCCUGGCUGGCGUCUACCUGGAGGACGCCCAGGAGAAGGUGACCAUUUACGAGGCCAUGCGCCGCGGCCUGCUGCGGCCCGGCACGGCCACGCUCCUGCUCGAGGCCCAGGCGGCCACCGGCUUCCUGCUGGACCCCGUCAGCAACCGGCGGCUGUAUGUGAACGAGGCUGUCAAGGCGGGCGUGGUGGGGCCCGAGCUGCAUGAGAAGCUGCUGUCGGCCGAGAAGGCCGUCACCGGCUACACCGACCCCUACUCGGGCUCCACCAUCUCGCUCUUCCAGGCCAUGCGCAAGGGGCUGGUGCGGCGGGAGCAGGGCCUGCGCCUGCUGGACGCCCAGCUCGCCACGGGCGGCGUCAUCGACCCCGUGCACAGCCACCGCCUGCCCCUGCACAUGGCCUGCGAGCGCGGCCACCUGGACAGGGAGACGAGCCGCGUGCUGGCCGACCCCAGUGACGCCAGCAAGGGCUUCCUGGACCCCAACACGCACGAGAAGCUCACCUACUCAGAGCUGCUGGGGCGCUGCGUGGAGGACCCCGAAACCGGGCUGCGCCUGCUGCCGCUGAAGGGGGCCGAGCAGGCAGAGGAGGCCCAGGCCGUGCAGGUGUACUCCGAGGAGGAGACCCGGAAGGCCUUCGAGGAGACGCAGAUCGAGGUCCCCGGCGGCCAGGCCGGCGGCUCCAGCAUGUCGCUGUGGGAGGUGAUGCAGUCGGACCUGAUUCCGGAGGAGCAGCGCGCCCGGCUCAUGGCCGACUUCCAGGCAGGCCGCGUGACCAAGGAGCGCGUGAUCAUCAUCAUCGUCGAGAUCAUCGAGAAGACGGAGAUCGUCCGGCAGCAGGGCCUCGCCUCCUACGACUACGUGCGCCGCCGCCUCACGGCCCGGGACCUGUACGAAGCCCGCAUCAUCUCCCAGGAGACCUACGCCCUGCUGCGCCAGGGCACCCACAGCCUGCGGGAGGCCCUGGAGGCCGAGGACGCCUGGCGCUACCUCUACGGCACGGGGGCCGUGGCCGGCGUCUACCUGCCCGGCUCCCGGCAGACGCUCACCCUGUACCAGGCCCUCAAGAAGGGGCUGCUGAGCGCCGAGGUGGCCCGCCUUCUGCUCGAGGCCCAGGCGGCCACGGGCUUCCUGCUGGACCCCGUGAAGGGCGAGCGGCUGACGGUGGACGAGGCCGUGCGCAAGGGCCUGGUGGGGCCCGAGCUGCACGACCGUCUGCUGUCGGCCGAGCGCGCCGUCACCGGCUACCGGGACCCCUACACCGAGCAGACCAUCUCGCUCUUCCAGGCCAUGCAGAAGGAGCUCAUCUCCGCCGAGGAGGCCCUGCGGCUGCUGGACGCCCAGCUGGCCACCGGCGGCAUCGUGGACCCCCGCCUGGGCUUCCACCUGCCGCUGGACGUGGCCUACCAGCGGGGCUACCUCAACAAAGACACGUAUGACCAACUCUCAGAGCCCAGCGAGGUGCGCGGCUACGUGGACCCGUCCACUGACGAGCGCCUGAGCUACACGCAGCUCCUGCGGCGGUGCCGGCGUGACGAGGCCAGCGGCCAGCUGCUGCUGCCGCUGUCCGACGCCCGGAAGCUGACCUUCCGCGGCCUGCGCAAGCAGAUCACCAUGGAGGAGCUGGUGCGUUCGCAGGUGAUGGACGAGGCCACGGCGCUGCGGCUGCAGGAGGGCCUGACCUCGGUGGAGGAGGUGAGCCGGCACCUGCAGAGGUUCCUGGAGGGCACGAGCUGCAUCGCCGGUGUCCUGGUGGACGCCACCAAGGAGCGCCUGUCGGUGUACCAGGCCAUGAAGAAGGGCAUCAUCCGGCCGGGCACGGCCUUCGAGCUGCUGGAGGCGCAGGCGGCCACGGGCUACGUCAUCGACCCCAUCAAGGGGCUCAAGCUCACGGUGGAGGAGGCUGUCCGCAUGGGCAUCGUGGGGCCCGAGUUCAAGGACAAGCUGCUGUCGGCCGAGCGCGCCGUCACCGGCUACCGCGACCCCUACUCGGGCAAGCUCAUCUCGCUCUUCCAGGCCAUGAAGAAGGGCCUGAUCCUGAAGGACCACGGCAUCCGCCUGCUGGAGGCGCAGAUCGCCACGGGCGGCAUCAUCGACCCCGAGGAGAGCCACCGGCUGCCCGUCGAGGUGGCCUACAAGCGCGGCCUCUUCGACGAGGACAUGAAUGAGGUGCUCACGGACCCCUCGGACGACACCAAGGGCUUCUUCGACCCCAACACGGAGGAGAACCUCACGUACCUGCAGCUGAUGGAGCGCUGCGUGGAGGACCCCCAGACGGGCCUGCGGCUGCUACCGCUCAAGGACAAGAAGCGGGAGCGCAAGACGUCGUCCAAGUCUUCGGUCCGCAAGCGGCGUGUGGUCAUCGUGGACCCCGAGACGGGCAAGGAGAUGUCGGUGUACGAGGCUUACCGCAAGGGCCUCAUCGACCACCAGACCUACCUGGAGCUCUCGGAGCAGGAGUGCGAGUGGGAGGAGAUCACCACCUCCUCCUCGGACGGCGUGGUCAAGUCCAUGAUCAUCGACCGCCGCUCGGGCCGCCAGUACGACAUCGACGACGCCAUCGCCAAGAACUUCAUCGACCGCUCGGCCCUGGACCAGUACCGCGCCGGCACGCUCUCCAUCACCGAGUUUGCCGACAUGCUGUCGGGCAACGCCGGCGGCUUCCGCUCCCGCUCCUCCUCCGUGGGCUCCUCGUCCUCCUCCUACUCGACCGGCCCCGCCGUCUCCAGGGCCCAGCCGGCCGCCUGGUCCGACCCCGGCGAGGAGACGGGCCCCGUGGCCGGCAUCCUGGACACGGAGACGCUGGAGAAGGUGUCCGUGACGGAGGCCAUGCAUCGCAACCUGGUGGACAACAUCACGGGACAGCGGCUGCUGGAGGCGCAGGCCUGCACGGGCGGCAUCAUCGACCCCGCCACCGGCGAGCGCUUCCCCGUGGCCGAGGCCGUGAGCAAGGGCCUGGUGGACAGGAUCAUGGUGGACCGCAUCAGCCUGGCCCAGAAGGCCUUCAGCGGCUUCGAGGACCCACGCACCAAGACCAAGAUGUCGGCCGCCCAGGCGCUCAAGAAGGGCUGGUUGUACUACGAGGCCGGCCAGCGCUUCCUGGAGGUGCAGUACCUGACCGGCGGCCUCAUCGAGCCCGAUGUGCCAGGCCGCGUGCCCCUGGACGAGGCCCUGCAGCGCGGCACCGUGGAUGCCCGCACGGCCCAGAAGCUGCGCGACGUGGGCGCCUACUCCAGGUACCUCACGUGCCCCAAGACCAAGCUGAAGAUCUCCUACAAGGACGCCCUGGACCGCAGCAUGGUGGAGGACGGCACGGGGCUGCGGCUGCUCGAGGCCUCUGCCCAGUCCAGCAAGGGCUAUUACAGCCCCUACAGCGUCAGCGGGUCGGCCUCUGCCGCCGGCUCCCGCGCCGGCUCCCGCGCCGGCUCCCGCGCCGGCUCCCGCCGUGGCAGCUUCGACGGCACAGGGUCCGGCUUCUCCAUGUCCUUCUCCUCCGCCUCCUACUCCUCCUCCAGCUACGGCCGCCGCUACGCCUCGUCCUCGGGGCCCGCGGCCUCCCCGGGGGGGCCCGAGUCAGCCGUGGCCUGAGCGGCCCCCGCCCUCUCCCGUGCCCGCACCCCCUCCCCGCGCUGCAUGCGGCCUGGCCCCCUCCAAGGCGCCCGGGUCUCUCUCCAGUAUUUCACGGUGUCUUCCUCUUACGCGGUGCCUCAAGUUUAACCAAAAUCGACCAGACUAACACUUUGAUGUGUGCAUUUAUGUGCGCGCGUGCAGGGACGGGGCCAGCCCAGCCUCGCUCACCGCCUCGCCCGCUAGGGUCUCCCCACUCCCUUCUCCCUGCCACCACAGCCAGGUGCCUUGGGCAGGGGUGGGGGCGACCAGAGCCGGGUCCCCUGUCCACUCCUCCCGUCUCACCAGGCAGGGAGGGCAGCUGCCAGCCGAGGACAGGGUCCCGGGCCUGCCCCGAGAA